ACUCUGCUGCCUGAUUUACGUUUCCCCUCUCAAUGGAGGAAGCCUUUAAAACGGCGCCCUCGCUGCUGCAUGGCCAGUCGAAGUGUCGCCAUGUUGUCGGGGAGAGACGAGCUGCUGGGCGCCGCUCUGGUCAUCGUCGCUCUCGUUUCGCAGAGCGACGCCAUCAUCGGCGGCAGAGAGGCGGCGCCGCACUCUCGGCCCUACAUGGCGUCCAUCCAGGCGCCGGAAGGGGAGAACAUGAAGCACGAGUGUGGAGGCUUCGUGGUGGCCGAGCAGUGGGUGAUGACUGCCGUUCACUGCCUGCCGACCGGAGCAAACGGGAGGAAGGUGGUGCUGGGCGUCCAUUCGCUGAGCGAGCCGGAAGAAACCAAGCAAACCUUCGACAUCCUGGAGCUUCACAACCACCCCGACUUCCUGGAGUCCAACUACGACAACGACAUCGCUUUAAUUAAGCUGGAUCGGCCCUUCAACGCCUCCGAGGCCGUGGCGGCGGUGGGCUUCCUGCGAGCCGGCGGCGCCAAUCCCGACACCGACGCGGAGGUGGAGGCCGCCGGCUGGGGGUCCUUGGACAACCUGGGGUCCAGACCGGACCGGCUCCGGGAGGUGGUGAUGGACGUGGUCAACCCGGCCCGCUGCCGGCGCAGCGACUACUUCGGCAGGAAGUUCACCGCCAACAUGAUCUGCGCUCACAAGCUGUGUCCGGAGCCGUGCGCCCAGCCGCACAAGAAGGAGGACACCUGCGACGGCGACUCCGGGGGGCCGCUGCUCUUUAACGGCAUCGCGGUGGGCAUCACCUCCAACGGGGGGAAGAAGUGCGGCCAGGUGAAAAAACCCGGAAUCUACACCAUCGUGUCGCACUACACCGAGUGGAUCGACGGCAUCAUGAACCCGCAGCCGGCGGCGACUCCGGAAACCAGCCAGUGAACUCCAGGCUGACCCUGACCCUGACCCUGACCCUGACUCCUGACUCCUGACCCCUGACCCCUGACCCUGACCCCUGACGCUGACCCUGAUAUGGAGGCCCGAGCUGUUAAAUCAGCCCAGUUCUGAUCAGUAUUCAUGAUAAGAGCACACACUGGCACUUUUCCAUUUAUUCAAAAUGUAAUCCAAGAAAAUAACAAUAAAACCUUUGAUUAACAAUAAAUGUACAAAAAAAAUCCCUCUGUGCUGUUUUAGUGUUUUAUUUCUUUCUCUCCUUUCUUUCAGUUCUGAC